CCGAUUUGGAUGUUGUGUGAUCCCUAGUGGCAUGUAGGCAUCAGUGGCUGUGGCUCUAUAAAUGUGCCUGCAAUGCAGCAUUCUCUUGCAGACCACGGGUAACCCAAAAUAAUCUGGUCUUGUAGCUAGCUAAUAACAAUGGCCUCUGCCUCUUGCCUUAGCCUGUUGGUGCUGGUGGCUCUGGCCUCGUCGGCGUCGGCGCAGCUGUCGUCGACGUUCUACGACAGGUCGUGCCCCAGGGCUCUGGCCACCAUCAAGAGCGCGGUGAAUGCCGCGGUGUCGCAGGAGGCGCGCAUGGGCGCCUCCCUGCUCAGGCUGCACUUCCACGACUGCUUUGUCCAAGGUUGUGACGCAUCCGUUCUGCUGGCGGGGAACGAGCAGAACGAUCCUCCGAAUCUAACUCUGAGAGGCUUCAACGUCAUCGCCAACAUCAAGGCGCAGGUGGAGGCCAUCUGCAAGCAGACCGUCUCCUGCGCCGACAUCCUCGCCGUCGCCGCCCGCGACUCCGUCGUAGCGCUGGGAGGGCCGUCUUGGACAGUUCCGCUGGGGAGAAGGGACUCGCUGAAAGCUGCAAGCACGAGCAUGGUGUUGCAGAACCUCAUCCCGCCUACAUCUAGCCUCACUCAACUGAUUCAAGGGUACGGGAACUUGGGCCUCAACCCAACCGACUUGGUUGCUCUCUCAGGUGCGCACACGAUCGGCCAGGCGCACUGCCCGAGCUACCAAGACCACAUCUACAACGACACCAACAUCAACCAGGCGUUCGCGGCGUCGCUCAAGGCCAACUGCCCCGCGACAGGCGGCUCCAACGUCAUGGCACCGCUGGACACGACGACGCCCAACGCGUUCGACAACGCCUACUUCAAGAACCUGCAGUCGCAGAAGGGGCUCCUGCACUCCGACCAGGAGCUCUUCAACGGCGGCAGCACCGACAACACGGUCCGCAACUUCGCGUCCAACCCGUCGGCGUUCAGCAGCGCCUUCGUGACUGCCAUGAUCAAGAUGGGCAACAUCAGCCCUCUGACGGGGACGCAAGGCCAGAUCAGGACCACAUGCUCCGCGGCGAACCCGUAAUAACGUACAAGCUAGGAUACACAUAUACGUGUGUACGAAUAAACGAUGACAUGAACGAAUAAGGUCUCAUUACAGCCAUCACAAAAUAGCAAGCAUCAGCUGAAAUAGCAUGCCAGCUCGCUUUUCUUGUUCCAUCAAGUCUUGUACGGAACAGAGAGCAUAUGGACAUUGUUGUAUGCAUGUAACAUUCUCUUUGCUAAAGCAUGGAGGAUUAUUGCUAAGCAAAGAGAAUGUUAAACUAUGUUUUUGCUAAACAUGUUGUGCCUUCUUUACCGUAGUU